CAGCAUCCACCAUCCCGGGUCCGACAGUCCGUAUCAGCUUCCCCUGAUUCUCUCUCUUUCCCUCUCUUUCCCUCUCUCUCUCCUUCAUUUAAACGUUUCAUCUCAAACCUUUUUCUAAGCAACAAACUCAUAUCCUCCUGUGAGAGAGACUGUUUUUGAGAAGAAGAAGAAGAACCAAAAAAAAGAAAGACUUCUUCUUUGAUAAACCCGAGAUUUCUUCUUCUUCUUCCUUUUUUGCUUUUGCUUUCUCUUCUUUUUCUAUGUGUGUUUGUGGUCACUCCCCCGAUAAAAAAAAAAGUAAUGCUGUCUCCUCCUCCCUUCUCUUCAAAAAUUAAAAAUUAUUGUUUUACAACUCCUCUCCUCGUUAGCUUAGCUAAAGCUUUCCCAUGGUAGUAGUAACAAAGCAGACGAUGAUGAUUACGAUUCAACUUCAUCAUCUCUUCUUCUUCUUCUUCCUCUGUUUCUCUACUACUCUUACUCUCUCUUCUGAACCCAGAAACCCUGAAGUGGAGGCGUUGAUAAAUAUAAAGAACGGUUUGCAUGAUCCUCAUGGAGCUUUGAACAACUGGGAUGAAUUCUCAGUUGAUCCUUGUAGUUGGGCUAUGAUCAGUUGCUCCCUUGACAACCUCGUCAUUGGACUAGGAGCGCCGAGUCAGUCUCUCUCGGGAAGUUUAUCUGCGUCUAUCGGAAAUCUCACAAAUCUCCGACAAGUGUUAUUGCAGAACAACAAUAUUUCCGGCAAAAUCCCACCGGAGCUCGGUUUUUUACCUAAAUUACAAACCUUGGAUCUUUCCAACAACAAAUUCUCCGGUGACAUUCCUGUUUCCGUCGAGCAGCUAAGCAGCCUCCUAUAUCUGAGACUCAACAACAACUCUCUGUCUGGGCCCUUCCCUGCUUCUUUGUCUCAAAUUCCUCAUCUCUCCUUCUUAGACUUGUCUUACAACAAUCUCAGUGGUCCUGUUCCUAAAUUCCCAGCCAGGACUUUCAAUGUUGCUGGCAAUCCUUUGAUUUGUAGAAGCAGCCCACCUGAGAUUUGUUCUGGUUCAAUCAGUACAAGUCCUCUUUCUGUUUCGUUGAGCUCAUCAUCAGGAGGCAGGUCUAAUAAAUUGGCGAUAGCAUUAGGUGUAAGCUUUGGCUUUGUUGCUAUACUAAUUCUUGCUCUCGGAUCCUUUUGUUGGUAUCGAAAGAAACAAAGAAGGCUACUGAUCCUUAACUUAAACGAUAAACAAGAGGAAGGGCUUCAAGGACUUGGGAAUCUAAGAAGCUUCUUCAUAUUCAGAGAACUCCAUGUUUCUACAGAUGGUUUCAGUUCCAAGAACAUCCUCGGUGCUGGAGGAUUUGGUAAUGUGUACAGAGGAAAGCUUGGGGAUGGGACAAUGGUGGCAGUGAAACGGUUGAAGGAUAUUAAUGGAACCUCAGGGGAUUCACAGUUUCGUAUGGAGCUAGAGAUGAUUAGCUUAGCUGUUCAUAAGAAUCUGUUACGGCUAAUUGGUUAUUGCGCAACUUCUGGUGAAAGGCUUCUUGUUUACCCUUACAUGCCUAAUGGAAGCGUCGCCUUUAAGCUUAAAUCUAAACCGGCUUUGGACUGGAACAUGAGGAAGAGGAUAGCAAUUGGUGCAGCGAGAGGUUUGUUGUAUCUACAUGAGCAAUGUGAUCCCAAGAUCAUUCACAGAGAUGUAAAGGCAGCUAAUAUACUCUUAGACGAGUGCUUUGAAGCUGUUGUUGGUGACUUUGGACUUGCAAAGCUCCUUAACCAUGCGGAUUCUCAUGUCACAACUGCUGUUCGUGGCACGGUUGGCCACAUUGCACCUGAAUAUCUCUCCACCGGUCAGUCGUCCGAGAAAACCGAUGUGUUUGGGUUCGGUAUACUCUUGCUAGAACUCAUAACUGGAUUGAGAGCUCUUGAAUUUGGUAAAACCGUUAGCCAGAAAGGAGCUAUGCUUGAAUGGGUGAGGAAGUUGCAUGAAGAGAUGAAAGUAGAGGAACUGGUGGACAGAGAACUCGGGACUAACUACGAUAAGAUUGAGGUUGGAGAGAUGUUGCAAGUGGCUUUGCUGUGCACGCAAUAUCUUCCGGCUCAUCGUCCUAAAAUGUCUGAAGUAGUUCUGAUGCUCGAAGGAGAUGGUUUAGCAGAGAGAUGGGCUGCUUCACAUAACCAUUCACAUUUCUACCAUGCCAAUAUCUCUUUCAAGACAAUAUCUUCUCUGUCUACAGCUACUUCUGUCUCGAGGCUUGACGCGCAUUGCAAUGAUCCAACUUACCAAAUGUUUGGCUCUUCGGCUUUCGAUGAUGACGAUGAUCAUCAGCCUUUAGAUUCGUUUGCCAUGGAAUUAUCUGGUCCAAGAUAACACAAUGAAAGAAAGAAAGAAAGAAAGAUAUCAUUUGACAAAGCUCUACAGUUUUAUAAUAUAGACAUGUAAAUGGUUGGUGAAUUGAUGCAAAACAAAAUAUUUCCUACAGUUUGAGAUUUUGUGUUCUUUAUGUUGAUUGUAUAUAUUAACUUUUUGGAA